GAAAACAAAGUUACCAAGAUGAAUUGUACCACACUAGUUACAUGAAUGAGGUAACCGAAAUAUCUAUAUAAAGAGCAUCGAUUCUCUAUCUUAAAACACAUCAAAAACCCACUAAAGCGAGUGAGGUUCAAGGCACAGAACCAAAAAAAAAUGAGGUCUUCAAUGGCCUCUGUCACCUUGACCCUUCUUUUAGCCAUUGUUUCUCUCACCUUACCUUCCCAAAUUUCAGCCAACAGUUACUUGUAUUCUUCACCUCCACCACCGCAUAAGGUGUACCCUCCGGUUUCACCACCUUAUCAUUAUCCUUCACCAACACCACCUAAGGUGUAUCCUCCUGUUUCACCGCCUUACCAUUACUCUUCACCGCCGCCUCCGGUUUAUUCUCCUCCUAAACAUCCUUACCAUUAUAAAUCUCCUCCACCACCGCACCAUAAGCCGUACAAGUAUGCUUCUCCUCCACCACCGGUGUACUCUCCUCCUAAGCAUCCUUACCAUUACAAAUCUCCACCGCCACCGCACCAUAAGCCGUACAAAUAUCCUUCUCCUCCACCACCAGUUCAUCAUGUCUACCCUAAACCAGUCUACCAUUCUCCACCACCACCAAAAACACCGUACAAAUAUUCAUCUCCUCCUCCACCAGUGCACCAUGUCCACCCUAAACCUUACUACCACUCUCCACCACCUCCAUACUACCCUCAUCCACACCCUCACCCCCACCCUCAUCCUUAUCCACAUCCCCAUCCAGUCUACCAUUCACCUCCACCAUCUCCAAAGAAGCCAUACAAAUACUCAUCCCCCCCUCCUCCAUCUCACCCUUAUCCCCACCCCCAUCCUCACCCCCAUCCUCAUCCUUAUCCCCACCCCCACCCAGUUUACCACUCACCCCCUCCACCACAUAAAAAACCAUACAAGUAUUCAUCUCCACCACCUCCAACCCACCACGUUUACCCUCACCCAAUCUACCACUCACCACCACCACCAAAGAAACCAUACAAAUAUUCAUCACCUCCACCACCAGUCCCAACUCCCUACGUACCUCACCCAGUUUACUCCCCACCAAAGAAGCCAUACAAAUACUCCUCUCCUCCACCACCGGUCCACCCUCCAUACGUUCCUCAUCCAGUGUACUCACCACCAAAGAAACCAUACAAAUAUUCAUCACCUCCACCACCAGUCCCAACUCCCUACGUUCCUCAUCCAGUGUACUCACCACCAAAGAAACCAUAUAAGUACUCAUCACCUCCACCACCAGUCCCAACUCCCUACGUUCCUCACCCAGUUUACUCACCACCAAAGAAACCAUACAAAUACUCAUCUCCUCCACCACCAGUCCCCACUCCAUACGUUCCUCACCCAGUUUACUCACCACCUAAAAAGCCAUACAAAUACUCAUCUCCACCACCACCGGUUCCCUCACCCUACAUUCCUCACCCAGUUUACUCACCACCAAAAAAGCCAUAUAAAUACUCAUCUCCACCACCUCCAGUCCCCACACCCUACGUUCCUCACCCAGUUUACUCACCACCCAAGAAGCCAUACAAGUACGCUUCUCCUCCUCCUCCACCAGUUCACACUUAUCCUCCAUACAUUCCUCACCCAGUUCACCACUCUCCUCCACCAACUCCAACCAAGAAGCCUUACCUCUAUGUUUCUCCUCCCCCUCCUUACCACUCCUAGAUAGUGGUUUGCCAUAGCUCUCUAUGAUAUAUGAGUGAAGAAUAUUUGAAAAUAAAGAAAGCGAUGGAACGAAGGAAGAAGCAUUGUUCGUAAUAACAGAAGAAAAAGAAGAAAAGGAAGCAAAGUUUCCGCAUUUUGUCUUCAUCCAAAAAGUGUUAAUUUAUUUUCUGUUUCUAUGAUAGGAUUGCUAUUGCGUUUUUCUAAUGUGCUUUUGUUUAGUUUAUUUCCAUGAAAAUCGCUUUUAAUAUUUGACAGUUGUAAAGCAGCACUGUUCUGCUAUAGUACAUGCAAAUGUGGAUGAUGUGUAGUCUUCAACCUGCUUCUUUUGCAGGGGUUGUAAGACAUUUUAUAUAUAUUAUAUCAAUAUCAAUUACUAUA